GUUGUUAUUCUCUUUGAUUUGUUUUGAUAGCAUAUAAAGAAAUAUGUCGUGCGUUGAUGAUGCGCCACUGCCAAGUAGCGAUGAUGAGUCGGAGCAAGUUUUGGAAGAUAGUGACACUUGCACUCCUUUCGAAUUGGAGCAGCAUUUUCUUCACAAAUAUAGACUUUUUGACGAAACUGCCCUAUCAUUGAAGAAGGAAUAUAUUCUUAGCUUGGAAAAGGACGAUUCCCUUUCACGCCUGGCUGCUGGUUUAACGGACACCUCAGUACAUAUUUUUGACAUCAGUUCCGAACGAGGACUACAACAAUUGGAACAAAUUUCUCCAUUCCAAGUUGCACCGCAAAAAGACAAUCAAAUUUGUGGUCUUCGAUAUAUGGAUGAAACGCCUAAUACAUUGCUAAUUGGCACCAAAGAUGGUUUGGUACGUUUAUUUGAUCUUCGCACCCAAAAAGAACAAGCACGCUUUGAGCGUGACACAGGGAAGGGCGAACAAGCGCCAAAAUUUAUAUCAUCAUUUGACCGCAACUGCAAUAGCCGUUUGCUGUGCACAGGCACCGAGGAGGUUUGUAGCAAUGUCUAUUUGGUGUUUUACGAUUUACGUGAACGUAGGCAUAUGGGUGAUUAUUUCGAUUGUCACCAAGGUGAUGUGACGUCACUACGAUUUCAUCCACAAAACCCAGACACCUUGGCUUCAGCUUCAACAGAUGGUUUGAUCAAUACCUUCGAUUUAAAGGAAGCAAAUGAGGAUGAUGCCUUGCAAAUAACGAUUAAUACCGAAAGUAGUGUACAUAAAAUUAACUGGCACAGAAAUGUUUAUGAUAAGGAUAUCCUCUCCUGCAUAACACAUACCAAUGACUUUAAAAUUUACGAAUCGGAGGAGGGAGAUUCUAUAGACGAGUUUGAUCGAGAUAAAAUAACAGAAGCCAUAAAAAGGACCACAGAGGCCAACUGUAAUUUGAUUGAUGCCCAUAGUCUAUCGGAUGGCAAUUUAUUUCUUUUAACUGGUUCAAAUCUGAAUAAGGGGGAAAUAAUGCGUUCCGUUAAGUAUGAAAGCAAAAAACUUUUACCAUACGCGAACUUUGAUGGCAAUAAGCAGAUUGUACGUGAAAGUGUUUUCGAUAGUAAAUCGAAUGUAUUACUUACUGCGGGAGAAGGAAGUAUUGUUACUUUAUGGACAGCCCAGGAUAAUGUUUUGAGCACGAGUUCUGGAGCUAACAAAUUAAAAGCGAAAAAAUCGAAAUCACAUAAAGCAAAUCCGUAUUAAAAAAGGGCUUAUUAUUUACGUUAAUAAGCCCGUUGGAGCUAAUAACCAGGAAAUUUUCAUUGGAAAGUAAAGAUGGUUUAUAGGUUCUGGCCAAAAGAAAUUUUUAGUUUUCAGAUAAUCAGGACACAGGCAUGGAUGCGUUGUGGUUUUUAAUCUAAUGAUUAAAUAGUUUUAAAUGGCCGACUGGUAACAGCCAAACAAAAGAGACUAUGAUUUUUAUUGUAGAAUAAAACAUUU